AUGGCUAAAGUUGUUAAAGUUGACAACCGGGUUAAGAUGUACCUUGAGGAUGAUGGUUACAAAAAGUGGUCAAGAGUUCUUGCAACAGUAAACAGGGGGAGAAUGAUGACUUCUAACAUAGUGGAAUGGGGAAAUUUAUGCCUUUUCCCAUAUGUAAAGUAUCAUGUAUAUGCAGUUGGUUGUCGUUUGGCUAAUGUUGUACCAUCUACUGAAUUUAUUUAUUCAGUGUAUGAAGGUGGGCGAAGAUACAUUGUUUGCCUUGAGAGAAAAAAUUGUAACUGUGGGAGAUUUCAGCUUGACGAGAUACCGUGUGCUCACACAAUUGCUGUAAUGAAGAAGAAGAAUAUUAUAGAUAUACAUCCCUACUACUCAGAUUACUAUAAACCAGCUGCAUUGGCAAACACGUAUGAAGUUUCGAUGGUUCCAAUGCCGGAUAGGGAGGAUUGGACAGUACGAGUUUGUUUUGGAAGAAAUCGUUAUGCCACCUAG